AUGCGGGCGGUCGGGACCGUGGGAGUCGCUGUGCUGUGGGCGCUGCUGGCCGCUGUGGUGCCCGGCGGCGCGUCGGAGCUGGCGACGGUGGUGCAGGAGCCGUUCAGGGCCGAGUCUUCCCUGCUGAAGCCAAAGGUUAUGAUCGCCAUUGUGGCUCGUAACGCAGCGCACAGCCUGCCACAUUACCUGGGCUGCAUCGAGAAGCUGGAGUACCCGAAGGAGCGCAUAGCGAUCUGGGCAGCAACAGACCAUAAUGUGGACAACACCACUGCCAUGUUGAGAGAAUGGCUGAAAGGAGCCCAGCGUGACUACCACUAUGUGGAGUGGAGACCCAUGGAGGAGCCAAAGACCUACACAGAUGAGUGGGGUGCGAAGCACUGGCCUCCUUCAAGGUUCAACCAUGUGAUGAAGCUGAGGCAGGCGGCGCUGAAGUCUGCCAGGGAACGAUGGGCCGACUACAUACUAUUUGUCGACAGUGACAAUCUGUUGACGAACCCUCGUGUGCUGAACCUGCUGAUGGCCGAGAACUUGACGCUGGCUGCUCCGAUGUUGGAGUCUCGCUCUCUUUACUCCAACUUCUGGUGCGGCAUCACCCCGCAGGGUUACUACAAGCGCACCCCGGACUACCAGCCGAUCAGAGAGUGGAAGCGGCUCGGUUGUUUCGCCGUUCCCAUGGUGCACAGCACUUUCCUGUUAGACCUGCGUCGUGAAUCCAGCAAGGAUCUGACUUUCUACCCCCCUCACCCCGACUACAGCUGGGCAUUUGAUGACAUCAUGGUGUUUGCUUUCUCGGCUCGUCAAACAGGCGUGCAGAUGUACGUGUGUAACAAAGAACACUACGGUCUCCUGCCCGUGCCGCUCAAAGCACAGCAGAGUGUGGAAGAUGAGAGCGAGAGUUUUAUACACACCAUCACGGAGGCUUUGAUUGACCAUGACAUUGAUCCCUCUGAGCACCUGUACGCUCAGCCACCGCCGCAGGACACCAUGGGCUUUGAUGAGAUUUACCUGAUCAACCUGAAGCGUCGGCUGGACAGAAGAUCCAGGAUGUUGAAAACAAUGUCUUCGCUGGGUUUACACGCCACGCUGUCAGACGCAGUGGACGGCAAGGCUCUCAACUCGUCCCAGCUGCAGGCGCUAGGAAUAGAGAUGAUGCCGGGCUACAAGGACCCUUACUCUGGUCGAGUCCUGACCAGAGGGGAGAUCGGCUGCUUCCUCAGCCAUCACUCUAUAUGGACACAGGUGCUUGAGCGGGGCCUCAAGAAGGUUCUUCUUUUAGAGGACGAUGUGAGGUUUGAGCCCAGGUUCAAACGACGAAUCCUGUCCAUAAUGGAUGACAUAGACAAAACCCAGCUGGACUGGGACCUCAUCUACGUGGGGCGUAAGCGUAUGCAGGUGCAGCAGCCGGAGCAGUCCGUGGAUGGAGUGAACAACCUGGUGAAGGCCGACUACUCCUACUGGACGCUCGGCUAUGCGCUGUCACAGCAGGGAGCCAGGAAGCUACUCGCUGCCAAACCCUUGUCAAAGAUGCUGCCUGUCGACGAGUUCCUGCCCGUCAUGUUCAACAAACACCCUAACACUGCGUUCAUGUCUCACUUCGAGCUGCGGAACCUGAAGGCCUUCUCCGUGGAGCCGCUGCUCAUCUAUCCCACCCACUACACCGGAGAGCCGGGCUACAUCAGCGACACGGAGACCUCCACCAUAUGGGACGACGAAGCCGUGGCCACAGACUGGGACCGGCAGCACGCCCACAAGAUGGAGCAACAAGGCAGCAUCCGCCCCGUGGCGCAGAACAGCGUCACUGGAGACACGCCGCCUCCUGCAUCUCGAGCCUCGCGGGACGAACUGUGAUACAGAGACAUGAGACUCAGAGAGAAAGACUUGUGUUUACUAUUCCGUGUACACACACUUGAAAAGACACUUGAACUACAAGCUGACAUACUGUACACACACACACACAUACACGCACACACACACACGCACGCACACACACACACACACACACACACACACACACACACACACACACAGGUGGAUCAAAGCAGAGUGAAGAUGUGAAUCUCCUCUGCUGCUUGAUGAAGGGACACUGAGGAGAGGAAGAAGAGGAGAAUCUGGGACGAGGGCCAGCAGGCCUUUGACGAAAGCUUUAUUUAUUCCCCAUGUGCCUCCUCUGGGCAUGUGGAGACAGUUACGGCCCGAGAAAACUUAAGCAACACAUGGAAGACAGCUAACAUUAUUUGCAGCAUGUGAAUGAAAAAAAAACCGCACAAAUCAAUUUUUAUGUUUUUAAAGAAGAUUAUUGUUUUUUAAAAAGAACAAAUGUGUGUUUUGUUUUUUUUAAAAUGGACAGCCGAGGAAUAAAGGAAUCUUAAAGCUGUCUGAAAACAACUCUUAAGUGUGUGUGUGCGUGUGUGUGUGUGUGUGUGUGUGUGUGUGUGUGUGUGUGUAUAUACACGUUUUUACUAAACUGAACAUGCGUAGGAGGAGGGAGGCUGACAUACCGUACCCAAGAGUGUCACUGCCUCACACACACACACACACACACACACACACACACACACACACACACACACACACACACACACACACACAGUAAUGGAAGUUAUUAGGCUCAGUGUUUCUGUUAUUGCAGAUACCUCACUUGCACAGCGGGCUGGUCCUGCUAGCAUCGUCAGUCACACACUACACGCAGCCUGCAGGAUGUGUAAUAUGCAUUUGUGUCCACUUCAGACCUCUGCUAUCAGAAUUUAUAUGUGUUAACUAUUUUUGGAUAAACUGGAUUAUUGAAUUAUUCAUGUCCUCAACACAGGCUGCUCUUCGUCCAGUUGUGGUGCCGGGCUGAACCAAUAAAACAACUUCCCUGUU